GGGGAAGCGGCCGCUUUAAACGCCGUUUAAACGCAUUUAAACGCAUUUAAACGCAUUUAAACGGGUUUAAACGGGUUUAAACGGGUUUAAACGGGUUCUAACGUCCCCCCCCAUUGACUUCCAUUGGCCGCCAUGCUGAAGCAGCCGCCGCCCCCCCCCCCGAGCCCCAACGGGGGCCUCAGUAGCGGGGGGGGGCGCGGAGGAGGCCUGAGGGGUCAGAGCACAGGGAAGGGCCCCCCCCAAGUGCCGGUGUUUGAGGGGGUCUAUAACAACUCGAGGAUGCUGCACGUGCUGACGGCGGCUGUGGGCUCCACGUGCGAGGUCACUGUCAGAAGCGGCAGCUCCUUCGAGGGCAUCUUCAAGACCCUGAGCUCCAAACUGGAGGUCGCCCUGGACGCUGUUCACCGCCGCCCCCCCCCGCCCCCCCCACCCCCCCCCCGGCGCGAGGACAUCGUGGACACCAUGAUCUUCCGGCCACGUGACCUGGUCCUGCUGCGCCUGCGGGAUGUGGACAUGGCCUUCACCUGCAGGGGCAGGUUCCCAGAGCUCGGCCUGCGCCUCAAUGGGCAGCACAGGGAGAAGCCUCUGCAGCGCUGGGAGGGGGGGGAUGGUGCCUGUGAUGAGUACGACCUCGAUUCGGACCUGUCCAACGGCUGGGACCCCACUGAGAUGUUCCGCUUCAAUGAGGAGACCUACGGGGUCAAGACCACCUACGACAGCAGCCUGGCCUCCUACACUGUCCCGCUGCGGCGCCAGGACUCGGCCGCGUUCCGGCAGCGCGAGGCUCGAGCGGCGGCUCUAGCGCGAGAGAUUGAGGCCAGUCCCCAGCACAGGCUGCGAGCGGCGGCCGAGGACAUGGAGGAGGCGCCGGAGGGGACCCAGGACAGGAGGGACCCCAAGUUCCCACCCCUCCCCCAACGGCCGCGGGGGGGGCUCCGCUGCUCCCCCAGGGGGGGAGGGGCCCCCAGGCCCCCCGGGGGGGGCGGGGCCGGAAGUGCCCCUCCCCCACCCCGAGGCCCCGCCCCCCACUCGGAGCCGGGGGUCAAUGGAGGCCCCUCCCCCAAGGCCCAGCGACCCCCCCGUGGGGGGAAGGGCAGCGGAGGGGGGUGCCCAUCCCCCACCCCUGGGCACUUAUGGGGCAUCUAUGGGGUGGUUAUGGGGCACUUAUAG